CCUCCGGUAGUUGUUUCCGGACGCCGAAGGCCGGAAGUGAGCGCUCAGAGAGAGAUUCAAUUUCCUUUUCCCCUCUGAUCGGCGUGGAGUUUGUUUUGCUCUUGUCCCGUGGCGGCGGCGCCAGUUAUGAAGAAUAAGCAUUUCCUGAGAAUGGCUGCUGAGAAGCUAAUGGAAGCCUGCCCGGGCCAGGCCCGGUAUCUUCUCUGGACGUACAAUUCCUCACACGAUGAAAAGUUGGUUUCAGAAGGCCAAUGUCCAUAUUGUUACCAAUUUCUGGUGCUGGAUAGAUACAGAGUUCGCCUCAAGCCCAAGCCAAAACUAACACCAAAAGUAAAGAAACUUCUUAAUCGAGAAUCAAAAAACUGUAGACUCACUUUUAAAGAAACAAAGAUUCUUAAAAAGUACUGGGACUCCAAAAGUAUUCUGUUGGUCACCUGCAAAGCAUGCAACAAAACAGUGAGAUAUAACGGUAAAAGCAGAAGCUUCCUGGCAGAAAUGAAAAAUAAUCUUAGCACUCCCAAGAUCAAACCUGACAUGAGGACACCGGAUAUAAAAGCUUCAGGAUCUACAAAGAAAAAAAAGAAAUCCUUCAGCAGUAAUAAGUCUGGUUCCAGAGACAAUAGUCCAGCGUUAAUUUUCAGAACACCUACAUCUGCUCAGUCAACACCUGGUUCCUCCUCAAAGAGUCUCAGUAAAAUGAAGCGUCAUUUGUCUCAGCUGAAAAUGAUGCUUAAUAGUGAAGAAAGCCAAAAGACCCCAUCAAAGGAUUUCAGAAAUUUCUUGUCCUCACUCUAAGCAGUGAACUUGGUGAUGAACAUCAGUAGUUGUUGACAUCAGAGCAGUUGCCGAAGGAGGGAGGCCUGCUUUGUCCUCACAGCAGCAAACAAUUCUCUUUGACAUCCUUCUCAGUACUUUUUAACUGGCAUUUCUGGAGUGCCUGUCACAUAGUAAGAACUUCAUAAACACCUGUCCAGUUGUGCUUGGCCUCCUUGGGAAGGAUACCACCAUGAGCAUGGAUAGCUGACAUCUUUUCCAGCUAGAUGAAAUAAUACUCCCAACUUUAAUAUAUUAUAUAUUUAAUAUGUGGUAAGGUGGGGGCAUUUAUUAAAAUUGUGAUGUCAAAUCAAUUACCAGCUUUAGUUAUUUACAUAUUUCUUGUUUUUAAGAAAAUUGAGAUCUACCAGAGUGUCUACUCAUUCUUAAGCAAUUCUUCCAAGAAUUAAAUUCAUCUUUCCUCAUUCA